AUGUCGCUUUCUGCUUUUGUCCUCCGAAGAGCGCCAUCAUUGGUCACCAAGAGCGGAGCAUGCCUUUCAACUGGGGCGGAACAAUCGACAAAUCUGAAGGAAGUCCUCUCGAAGAAAAUUCCAGAACACAACAAGGCCGUCAAAGAGUUCCGUACACAACACGCCAACACCGUUGUGCAACAAGUCAACGUUGAUAUGAUCUAUGGUGGCAUGCGUUCGAUGAAAGGAAUGGUGACUGAAACAUCCGUGCUGGAUCCAGAGGAAGGAAUUCGAUUCCGCAACUACUCGAUCCCCGAAUGCCAGAAGCUUUUGCCUAAAGCCCCAGGUGGUGAGGAGCCCAUCCCCGAAGGUAUCUGGUGGCUUCUUCUCACCGGUGACAUUCCAAAUGAUAAACAGACUGCUGCUGUCACAAAAGAAUGGAAUGCUCGAGCCGACCUUCCAGCUCACGUGGCUCGCAUGUUGGACAACUUCCCUGAUAGUCUUCAUCCGAUGGCACAAUUUAUCGCGGCAAUCGCAGCCCUCAACAACGAAAGCAAGUUUUCUGCUGCCUAUUCUCGUGGAGUGCCAAAGGCUGCGUAUUGGGAAUACGCUUACGAAGAUUCAAUGGACUUGCUGGCCAAACUUCCCACCGUUGCUGCGAUGAUUUACAGAAAUCUGUAUCGUGAUGGCACUCCAGUUGGGGUCAUUGAUCCAAAAAAAGAUUGGUCUGGCAAUUUCUGCGCCAUGCUUGGUUAUGAUGAUCCCCUCUUUGCUGAGCUGAUGCGUCUUUAUCUGGUGAUUCACUCUGAUCACGAGGGAGGAAAUGUUUCUGCACACACAUCUCAUCUCGUCGGAUCGGCUCUUUCUGAUCCUUAUUUAUCGUUCUCUGCUGCAAUGGCUGGACUGGCUGGUCCUCUUCAUGGAUUGGCUAAUCAAGAGGUCUUGCUUUUCCUCAACAAGAUUGUGGGUGAAAUUGGCUUCGAUUACACCGAACAGCAACUAAAGGAUUGGGUCUGGAAACAUCUUAAGGGUGGACAGGUUGUCCCGGGAUAUGGUCACGCUGUUCUCCGCAAAACCGACCCGCGCUACGAAUGCCAGCGUGAAUUUGCUCUCAAGCAUUUACCCAAGGAUAAACUCUUCCGUCUGGUGUCAACUCUGUACAAGGUCACCCCGGAUAUUUUGCUUGAGCAGGGAAAAGCAAAGAACCCUUGGCCCAAUGUUGAUGCCCACUCUGGUGUGUUGCUUCAAUAUUUUGGAAUGACUGAAAUGUCUUUCUACACGGUGCUCUUCGGAGUUUCUCGUGCUCUUGGAUGUCUCUCGCAGCUUAUCUGGGCUCGUGGAAUGGGAUUGCCAUUGGAACGACCAAAGUCGCACUCAACCGAAGGAUUGAAGAAGCUUGCUGCUGCUGCGGCCAAGAAA